CUGAAACUUUGCUAACACUUCCGCUGGCUCCUCCUACCCGGGUGCCCAAUUGAUGGCCCUGCCUGUACGCCUUUAAGGCUGGCGCGCCAGGGCGGACUUGGCCAGGACUGAACUCGUCGCCAGCGGCCAGAGGCAGCGAAGACUCGACGGGACGCCCCCUCCCCGAGCCAGCCAGGCCAGGCGGGCGGGGGUGCGCCUUAUGCGGCGCUCUCCUCCUAGGCCUGAAUCCUGCGGGCAGCGGGGCGGGGGAGAGGAAAGGAAAGUCAGUCCUAAAAGCUGGAGGGGACGGCUUGGAACUGCGUGGCGCGCAGAGGUAACGCCGUGGAAUCCGCAGCAGCGCCACGAUGACCCCGAGGGGGUGCUGAGCCGCAUCCCUGCUCCGGGCAAAGCUGGGGGGCUCCCUAUCCCUCCUUUCCUCUCCCCUGCCCUCCUCCGGGCAAUGACCUCCGCUAAGGAAGGGAAGGCGGGGCCCCCGCUGCCGCAGCCGGGCACAGAAGAGAGGCACCGAAGCCCCUUGGACCAGCUGCCGCCGCCAGCCAACUCCAACAAGCCGCUGACCCCCUUCAGCAUCGAAGACAUCCUGAGCAAGCCCUCCGGACGCAAAGCGCCCUCCGCCCGCCUGCCGGACAUGGUAGCCGCCUCCACCGGAGCCCCCAGGAACGGCGUGCCCGCCCCCGCCUCGCCCCUCUGCGCCCUAGAGGAGCUGGCCACCAAAACGUUCAAAGGACUGGAGGUGAACGUGCUCCAGGCAGCCGAAGGCCGGGACCCAGUGGGCGCCUUCGGGCCCCGGCAGCAGUCGAAGAAGCGUCGGAAGUCGCGCACGGCCUUCACCAACCACCAGAUCUAUGAACUAGAGAAGCGGUUCCUCUACCAGAAGUACCUCUCGCCCGCAGACCGAGACCACAUCGCGGCACAGCUGGGCCUGAGCAAUGCGCAAGUCAUCACCUGGUUCCAGAACCGCCGCGCCAAGCUAAAGCGGGACGUGGAGGAGAUGAAGGCGGACGUCGAGUCGCUGAAGAAACUGCCCCCCGCGGCUCUGGAGAAGCUGGCCAGCAUGCCCGAGCUGGAGCCCCAGCCCGCCAGGGCCCCCGCGGGCUGCCUGCCCUGCGCCUCGCCCUCGCCCUCCCCCGGAGCCUCGCCCCGCCCCACGGACCCCUUCUCUGACGGCGAGGGCGACGGCGAGGAGGAGGAGGAGGAGGAAGAGAUUGACGUGGGAGACUGAGAGCCAAGCGCGGGCGGACUCCCGUGCCCACACAUCGAACCAAGGGACGGGCGGAGGGGGGCAACUGAACCGUCCGACGGCCCUCCCGUCUCCAGCUCUUCCUCCCUCCUCACCGCCAGCAAAAGGGCCGGAGAAGGAGCCCCUGUCCAGCAGCAAAGUCCCCAGAUUCCACCUUGCAUCCCAACUCCCCCCUCCGGCAGCGCUGCUGUUCUCUGACUCCCCACGACCCCCUUCAACCCCUUCCCGCCCGCUCAUUUCAUCCCUUGCCCAGCCCCCCCCGCAUGUUGUCCAAGCUCUGCCAGCCCCUCCCCCUUCUUUUCUCCCGCCCCUAACCCCUUUUCCUUCUCCUUCGGUCACUGACGUGGAAGAUUUGGUGCAAUUUUUUAAAAAAAUAAUUUUAUUGUUAUUAUUAUUAUUAUUAUUAUUAUUAUUUUCCUCUGCUUGUUUGGUCCGUGCUGUGACCUUGGACGUUUGUCUCUGCGUGUCUGCGUGUUUUCG